AAGGGAAGUGAAGCAAGCAGAAACUGCUUCCAAGUCGCCCCUCUGCACAGCAGCGAUAUUAUUUGUGUGCAAUGGGGAAGUCCGCGUCCACAAACACGCGUGUUCUUCUCUAGACGGUCGUCCAGCUACGAUUGCGCCGCCAUGCUUCAGCUGAACGACUCCAUGGAGCCGGAGAGUCCGGGCGCCGCCGUCCUCCUCCCCGCGGAGACCGAGGAGGGGGUCGAGGUUGCCUUCACGCCGCCCGAGGCCGGCCGAAGCUUCGGACACGCAGCCGCCGUGGCCUGUUGCCCCCCAUUGCAAACGCUGACGCCCUUUCAGGUGCACAACCCCACGAUGCAGGCCAAAGUUAAAGACUACUUCGUUUUCAGGCCAGGUACCAUUGAGCAGGCAGUGAGCGACAUCCGGACUGUUGCCCUCCCAUCGGAGGACGGGGAGGUGCUCAGCGUCUGGCUGCUGGUGGAAGUUGACCACUGGAACAACGAGAAAGAGAGACUUGUGCUAAUUACAGAGAGGUCCCUUUUAGUGUGCAAAUAUGAUUUUAUUAAUCUGACAUGUCAGCAAGUUAUCCGGAUCUCCCUCAAUGCUGUGGACACCAUCUCUGUGGGGGAGUUUGAGUUCCCGCCGAAAUCUCUCAACAAGAGAGAGGGGUACGGGAUCCGGGUCCAGUGGGACAAACGUCCCCGAGCUUCUUUCCUGAACCGCUGGAACCCCUGGUCAACAGAUAUGCCCUACGCCACCUUCACAGAGCAUCCUAUGGCUCGUGCAGAUGAGAAAGUGGCCUCUCUCUGCCAGUUGGACAACUUUAAAACUCAGUUGGUGCAGGCGGUGAAAAAAGCCCAUAAGGAGCACCCCAUCCCCGGACGGGCCAACGGUGUCUUGAUCCUGGAGAGACCUCUUCUUAUUGAAACUUAUCUGGGCCUUAUGUCUUUUGUCAAUAAUGAAGCCAAGCUGGGCUACUCUAUGACACGUGGGAAGAUUGGCUUCUAAAUGCCAACUUUGUGAUGAUUUCUGUUUAUGGUUUUCUGUUCCUCUGCAUUGUUUGCAGGAAGCUGUAGUAUAGUGUGUAACUUUUAUGUAAACUGAACACGGGACACGUCUGUACCACAGAAAAGUGGCCAGCCUGUAGUAAGUUAAAGACCGACAGCACUGACUGGACCUCAAACUCACUUAUAAUUAGGAAUUUCUAUUUUUUUUUUAAAACCUGCAGGUCUGAUAUAAAGGCCAUAUGCAACAAAAGCUGAAGGUAAAUGCUGCUCUAACGUAUAAAUAAAGAAGCUUAUUAAAAGGUUUUUGACAUAAGAAUCAGAUUUUCAGUUGUAGCGUAUGUACCUUUUUUGCCCUUUUCAAAAAAUAAAACCAAGCAAAAGCAUUGGAUUAAAAUCAUAAUAUUAUAUUAAAAGUCUUUUUCUGGAAUUAUAUAGUUCUAAUUAAAAAAAGUACAUUGUAUCGCAGAGCACAAAAGGGUUCCACUGAGUUUGUAUCAGUGUCAGUUAGAAUAAGCUCUAUAACAUGUUGCUGAUGUUUUCUUGUUCAUGCCUACACUUUUUGUUCGCUUUGAGUUGAGAGCUGCUUUAGCUUUAAUGACAUAAUUGUAAAUUUUUGUUUGACAAAUGCUUAUGCAACCUUGCCUUUUUUUUUAAUGUUCAAGAUUGUAGCGAGUUACACAUUUUAAAAGUACAUGAAUACAACUUCAUGUCAGUUAAUGAACUCAUAUAUACUGCAAGAAAUAUUUUGGGUUUUAUUGUUUUAACUCAGCCAAUUAUAAACAGGUGUUUGACCAAAGCUAAGGGAUGAUAUUGAUAAAGUUUAGUUAUGGCAGAAAAUGGCGAUCCUCUUCUGUUGAACUGUCUUGUGCAAGCUUCUUGCAUGUGUCUGUCUGCAUGACAGGUGUGUGUAACCCUUGUGCUAUCCUAGGCACUUUAACAUUGGGAGUUGGGUCAUCUAGACCCACUAGACAGUGCGCUGAACCUUUUUUCUUCAAUGAUUUGUGAUCUUCACUGGUGUCCAUGGAUUACAUGAAAUCUUUCCACCUUUGUCAUGGUAGGAAGAAUACGUCAAUGUAAGGGUGGGGUCAUCUAAGAUAGCACAAGGGUUAAAGACAUUUGUUGAUGGUAAUUGUGGGAUUUUCUGCAUAUUUUUAUUGAAAUAAACCAUAAAUGCAUAUGC